AUGGCGGGGCCGACGCUAGAGCCCGUGCAACUCUCCAUUCUUCACAUCGUCUUGGAGGACUUCUCGCCCCUCGCUUCGCCGCUCUUCGCUGCGCCGAGUGCACCGCUUCCACCGGCAGGCGCAGCUGCAUCCGCCACGGAUGCACUGGCUGCCUCCGACCCGCACACGCCAAACCUCCAGCGUCUCGCUGCACGCGGUGUGCUGUUUCGCCGUGCCUACUGCCAGUCGCCCAUCUGCAACCCUAGCCGCUCGUCGUUUAUGACUGGUCGCCGCCCGUCGACGACACGGGUGCUCACCAACGAGGACGCGUUCAGGACAACAGUCCCCGCAGGGAUCCCCACACUCGUCGACUUUCUGCGCGGUGCCGCACCGGAGGCAUCCAUCGCGUGCGCGAGCGGCUCGAAGCUCUUCCACAUCGCAUGCGACCACGAUGCCAUGGGUUUUGACGCGGCGCCGGUGACACUGCCAGCCGACUUGCCCACUGCAGUAUCUGAAGCCGCCGCCUUUGUGCUGAGGCCUGCGGGCGCGUACAGCGCUGACAAUUACCGGGCACGCGUAGCCAUCGCGCGGUUGGUGAGCUAUGCGCGUGCGAGCCGGCGAUUCUACCUUGGAGUAGGACUUGUGGAAACGCACGUGACGCCGCGACCACGUGUGCGGGUGUGCCACGAGGAGGUGGUGCCCAUCAUCAGGAAGGCAGCGCAUGCGCCCGCAGGACGAUGGACCGAGCACCUCCCACCACUCGUGACGUGGACCAACUACGACUUCUGGCAGGCGGCCACGGCCGAUGAGCAGCGGCGAGCCAUCGGUACGUACUACGCGUGCGCCUCGCACGUCGACGGUACGGUGGGCGCUCUGCUUGGGGCGCUUGAGGUGCUCAACCUCACGCGCCGCACCGCAGUUGUUUUACACGGCGAUCAUGGCUUCUCUUUGGGGGGGCACGGCCGAUGGAGCAAGUACAAUCUGUACGACGAGACGGCCGAGCGCCGGCGGUGA